UCAAUUGAAAUUCAAUUCUCAGCAAUUCCGAAAAUGUUCACAGAAAGUGUUGUUUUCGUGUUGGCUGCUUCAGUCGUGUCUUCCACCCUCGGAAUCACAUUGCAAAACGGAUUUGACGAAAAAUUGAUCAUUAAUCUGCAAUCGAAAUUGGCAGCCAGUCAUGUGUGUACAAUGGGAGCAACAGGACAGUCGUAUCAGCAAUGCUCUGACGAUUGCAGUACGGUGUUGUAUUGUGAUGGCAAUGGUGCUGCAACUCCACUGACGGCUACGAAAUGUCGAGAUUACAAGCCAUAUUGCACAAAGAAUUUUGUCGUUGCCGAUUGUUCAGCUUUUUUCCCAGCAAAUGAUCAACAAUGCUUCAAUUACGCAAUGAAUAAGUUCAUGUGUUCAUCAGACGGAAUUUUUCCAGAUCCUGCCGAUUGUACUAAAUACCAUGUGUGCAAUGGAACUACUCACACAAUUCAAACCUGUCCCGCCAAUUAUCGUUUUUGGUUCGAUGAACAAUAUGAUGCGAAUGGCAAUUUGGCCAUCAAUGAAAAUUUUAGUUGCCGUUUUAAGUCAACUGCAGACAGCUGUUAUUGUGGCAAUGCAUUUUCGUGCGAAAACAAUGGAAACAAAUAUGUUUCCCGUUAUGGAGAUGUGCAUUACUAUGCUUACUGCUUAGAACUGCCAACGAUGUCAAAAAUUGCUCUUUUUAAGUGUCCCGCAGGCACUGUUCAUAAUUUACAGGGUGAAAGUGCCGAUCAAGUGACAUGUGUAUCAUCAACUUAAUUUUCUGGGCCCUCGAUUCUUAUGCGUUCGAAACUCCAAAUAUUCGUAGCUUGACAGUUGCAUGUGUAAAACCCAAUAAGAACUGUCAAGUUACAAAUUCUUAAAGUUACGAACGGCAUAAGAAUUGAGACCCUGAUCGUCUGCUUCUGCAUUUGGUAUUGUUUUCUUCACAGAAAUGCUCACAUUCCAUUGUUUCGAUACUGCUGUUAAACAUACGAUCGCAUUAAAAUGUAAACCUU